GUAAAAUGUCCGAACUGAGUCGCUCUUCGUCGACGAUUACCGAUCAGAGCAUGACGGCUGGUACCCCAGGACUGCUGAUCGAUUCGUUCGCACAAACUGAACAGAUAAUCUCCCCCUUGAUGGAAGAUUCGGCGAUCAAAAGUAGCACUAGUCGAGAUAUGAUUGACUCGGGUGUUGUUGAACAGCAGAAGAGCACCUACAAGGAGCGAAACAUCAGCAUAACUGACGACGAGGAUAUGGUCUACAGCGCGAGCGGUAGCGUAGACGAUGGAGACCAACGCCAGCAGCGGCUCCGCUAUGAAAGCGUCUGUGAGGAGGAGCACGAUAAUCCCCCCGAACCGUCACAGCCGGACAGCAUCAAUAGUAAUACGACGGCCACGGCACAGCACAAUCAAUACCCAACAAUCACCGAAGCCACCGACGAAGUUGAUGGCGUUUUGCUGAACAUCAGCACCGGCAGUAUCGUAGUAGAUAUCCCCACCGCCGCCUCGUCUGGACUGCUCAGCGACACCAGUAGUGCUGCAAUGGUCAUGCUGGCGGUAGCUUCCGGUAGUGAUCCUUUCCUGUCCGACGAUGUGAGCGAUUCGGCUGACUCGGAGUAUCGUUCACUUGAGACCAAGGACGACGAUAGUGAUAUGCUCAAUUAAUGGAUGGACGCGGGGAGUAUGCUUUGGCAGUUAUUUAUUACUGGGUUUUGUAAAACAUUUCUUGAAUAUGUAAAAAAACUGCUACCUUUGUGUGCUUGUUGAUCAUAUCGAACAUUUUAGAACUAGGUGACUUUAUAUUUAAACUGUGUCUUACAAAUCAUACUUCACAAGUGAAACUUAACUAAUUGAACGAUGAAUGCCAAUAAAUUCAUAAUACUUGCCA